UCUCAACCACGGGGACACAGAUUCCACCGAGUUAAAAUAGAAAAACCUCUGGGCAAAUUAGUUCUGCUGGUGUAAUCUAGGGUUGAGAUGGGGAUCGAUUCUUCUUCUUUUAGUUCAAUUAGUAAUCGGUACGAGGGUAGAUUUGUUCGUCAUAGGGAUUAUAAUAACAGUUUGAUAAUUUAUGACAAAAAGAGUGAUGACAGUCGAAACGCACAGUCACAAGCAGCAACCACUGAUCAAAAAGAGGUACAAUUGCAACAUGAUCUCGAAGAAGAAGAACCAGUUCCAUACGUUGUUCUAGUUCAAGGACCUCCCAAGGUUGGGAAAUCCAUGCUGAUUAAAUCUCUAGUGAAGUUUUUCACUAUGCACCAUCUAGAUAACGUUCGAGGCCCUAUUACUGUGGUAUCAGGUAAGCAUAGGCGGCUGCAGUUUGUGGAGUGCCCAAAUGAUGUUAAUGGCAUGAUAGAUGCUGCAAAAUACGCUGAUUUGGUGUUAUUUUGUAUUGAUGCAAGUUAUGGGUUUGAAAUGGAAACAUUUGAGUUCUUUAACCUUCUACAAGUUCACGGCUUUCCAAAUGUUAUUGGUGUCCUCUCACAUCUUGAUAAGAUCAAAUGUGAUGGACAACUAAAGGUAACCAAGCAGCGCCUCAGUCGUCAGUUCCGGAACGAAAUAUACGGCGGAGCAGAACUAUUCUACUUAUCACGUCUUGACAAUGGAAUGUACAUGGACGAUGAAAUUCACAAUCUAGCAAUGUUCAUAUCAGUUAUGAAAUUCAAUCCUUUGUCCUGGCAAACUGCACAUCCUUAUGUGCUAGUCGAUCAUUUUGAAGAUGUUACUUCUCCAGAAAGAGUGCAGAUUGACAAUACAUGUGAUAGAAACAUAGUUAUGUACGGUUAUCUCCGAGGCAGUAAUUUUAAGAGAGGAACUAAGGUGCAUAUUGCUGGUGCUGGUGAUUUUCCUGUAUAUGGUAUUACAAGCUUAGCUGAUCCCUGCUCUUUACCAAUUGCUGCCAAAAUGAAGGGAGUGAAUGACAAGGAAAGACUCUUUUAUGCACCAAUGUCUGGUCUUUGGGGUCUUCUCUAUGACAAGGAUGCAGAAUAUGUAGAUGAACUCAACGAUAAUGAUGAGGUAACCCGAUCGGAGAUUGAGGGUUUCAGAGCAGGAACUUAUUUAAAGUUGGAGGUUCAUGAUGUCCCUUUUGAGAUGACUAAAAAUAUUGAUCCCAAUUGCCCUAUUCUCGUCGGAGGUAUCAGUCUCGAAGAUGAGAAUGUUGGAUAUAUGCAGGCGAGGCUUAAGCGACAUAGCUGGCAUAGGAAAUUAUUGAAGACAAGAGACCCAAUCAUUGUUUCAGCUGGUUGGAGACGUUACCAGACCAGACCCAUUUAUGCCCAGGAAGACGGUGGCAAUCGUUUGCAUCGAAUAGAUUCCACUCCCGAGCACACAGAUUGUCUUGCAAUGUUUUGGGGUCCUCUUGCACCUCCAGAUACUGGUUUUGUUGCUGUACACAAUCUGGCAGGCAAUAAGGCUGCAUUUCGGAUUUCAGCAAUGGGUGUCAUACUUGACUUUACCCAGGCUGCAGAGAUAGUUGCAAAGAUUUUGAAGAAGUGCAAUCAAGUUGGGACUCCUCUCCAGACCUUCAAGAAAACUGCUCCCAUCAAAGACAUGUUUACGUCAGAUCUUGAAAUUGAUUGGCUUAAAGGUGCAGCAAUUCAGACUGCAAGAGCUCGGGGGAACGUUGAAAAGGCUGCUAAAAAGAAGCUCGUUAGUGAACUUAUAAGGAAGGGAGAUCAACGUAGAGAAGGGAUUGCUAGUUGCUCAUUUCAGCACAAAAUUUCUCUUUGCGAUAAAGUUUUCAUGCGCGUGUGGAAACAAGUAAGUGAACUGAAGGAUUCAGGCGACUGUACUGGACAAGGCAUGGAAUCAGUAGGUGAACUGAAGGAUUCUCUCAACAAGGUUGAUCCUGCUAGGAGGCAGCAGACGAUUACACAACGACGUGGUGUGGUGUUUGCCGAGAAGAAGAAGAAUACUGGAAAUCGGAUCUGUAAAGAGUACCAGUGUAAAAGGAGGCCGAAGGAAUGUAAGGAGCUUUCUGAGAAAGAGAGAGAGUUUAUGCUAGAGUGUAGAAGGAGGCUGAGGGAAUGUAAGGAGCUUUCUAAGAAAGAGAGAGAGUUCUCAGAGCCGAAAGGAGGGUGGGGCAAACUCAAUUAUAUACGUAUAGGACAUUAAUAUUUAUUGAGGAAUUAUUCAUUUAUUGUUUCUGCUGCUGAAGCUAAGGGAUCAAGGUCUCUUUCUCUUGACGCUUGCUUGAUGGUUAUUCACAAGAAUUAUGGGUUUUUGUUCUACUAGACUAGAUCUGUGAUGCUUUUUGUAGUGUACUUUCACUGCUAUGUACAAUGGGUGCAAUCAGUUAUCACAGUUUCUUUUUUUCUUGAUCUCUAAUUUGAUUCAGUUUGUAGAAUGGAUUUUGUGUACUUAUGUGGGUUUGUUCUCUGACUCGGUUUAAGGAAAUGACUUACUUUUUGUUCUGGGUACUGA